AUGGAGGCGUCGCAAUGGUCUCAUGUAUCGACUAGAGAAAACCCUGCAGAUUGCGCCUCUAGAGGAGUGUCGUUGAUGCAUAAUACAUUGUGGUUUUAUGGACCUCAAUUUUUGAAGGACACCACUAUUACAAGCAAAAUACUAAUGGAUGCUCACACAAAUUUAGAACAGUCAGUUGAAACUCAUUUCGCUACCGUACCAGAUGGUACCGACUUUUUUUAA